GCAGCUGUCGCUCGGGGCGAGAAGGCGGGGCCGUAGCGCGGACAGCCAAUGGCGGUGCGCAGCCGCAGGCGGCGCUGUGCCCGGCAUGCUCUGCGGCGGCGCGCCGCGGUCCUGUCAGGCUGCGGGCGGCGGCGCCAUGGCGGGAGCGCGGCUGGCGGCGCUCGACGGGCUGGUGCGGGAGCUGCUGACAGAGGAGGUCCCGUCUCGUAUCGCCUCUCUCACCGAGGAGCUCUUCCAGGCAGCGGAGAGCAUCCCUGUGGAGGAUGUGAGCGGGGCUGAGGUUGAAGAGGCUGCUGUAAGCCUGUGGAACUGGACUGUGACCAAGCACACAGCUUCUGUGGUCAGCGAUGAGCAGAGAGCUAAAUUGCGGGUGGCUGCUUGCAGGCUGCUGUGCCUCUGUGAGGGCAGCCAGCCCUCAGAGGAAACGCUUCGGAGACUGAUUUUGAUGUCAAUGAAAACUGGGAAAGGCUGGAUAGACCUUGGAAAAGCUGACCUUGCUGAUGAGUUCCUGGAGGUGGCUGUGAGUAGCAUAGAAAAACUGUGUGCCAGGUUCCUCGGGGGGAGUGAUGGGGAAGCAGAUACUGGAGUGCACAGAGCUGAUGUGGAGAAGAAUCUCUUCAAAGUGCUCUCUUAUCAGGCUGAAUCAGCAGUUGCUCAGGGGCAUUUCCAGAAGGCAGUGAAGUGCUUGCAGUGCUGCAAAGAGAUGUUGAUCAAACUGCCAAAAGAGACCUGUUACCUGGCAAUCCUCUGCUACAACUUCGGAGUGGAAAACUAUGAAUGGAAGAGGUAUGAGCAGAGCUCCUUCUGGCUCAGCCAGAGCUAUGAUAUUGGGAAGAUGGAUGUGAAGUACUCUGUUGGCAAGGAAAUGCAGGCUAAAGUGCUACGGUUGUUGGCUACAGCCUAUUUUGAGUGGGAUUGCAGCCUGCACCUUGACAAGGCAUUGAAAGCUAUCAGCUUGGCAAAUCAGGAGGAUCUGCACCCAGCAGGUUUUUUUCUGAAAGUCAAAAUUCUCCUUAAAGGUGGAGCAUCAGAUGAAGACAUCAGCUCAGCUGUUGCAGAAUUCCUGAACCAUGAGAUGUCUUUAGACUUUUGUUUGAACACUGCCAAGCUGCUGCUGGAGCAUGGAAGGGAAUUAGUUGGGCUUGAGUUCCUGAGAUCUGUUCCUGAGCGAUUUGCAUCUUCACCUGACCUGGGGAAAAUCACCCUGCUGCACCUGGAGUUCCUGCUGCAGAACAGCAGGGAGCUGCUGGCUAAGCAAAAGGUUGAAGAAAUUAUCACUGGGCAUUACAGUGGGAAACAGCUGCUGCCUGAAGCCUUGAACCAGCUGCACGUCAUCCUGUGGGACAGAGCUGCCAAACAUUAUGAGGCCAAAAGCUACUCAGCAGCCCUGCAGUGGUACAGUUACUCUGCCAGCUUCUACACACCCGGGCAGAUCGACCAGAACCUGGCCAAGCUGCAGAGGAACAUGGCCUCCUGCCACCUGCACCUGCACCAGCUGGGCAAGGCUAAAGAGGCAGUUAAAGAAGCAGAGAGGUGUGAUCCAGACAGCAUCUUCACCAAAUUCAGUGUCUACAAGAUUGCAGUGAUGGAGAAAGACACUGAUAAAGUGACAGCAUCAUUUGUUCACAUGUACAGAUUGGGAACCACACAGCACAAUGUGAACAUAAAAGCAGCAGCAUGCUUAGCAGAAGCCAAGAUGUGGGAGCUUAGAAUCACAUCCAGAUGCUGUGUUGGAGGAAGGCUUCUAUCUGUGGUGACAAACAGAAAAACUGUGGAAGCAGUGAUUGAAAUGGGAAAGCUGGUGGAAAAGUCAUCCCAACAUGAGGACAAGCUGAGAGUGGAUGAGAGUACAGGCACUAACCUCCUGAGCUUAGCUGCUCAGAUUGCUUUAGAGAACCAACAGCAAGUUGUGGCUAUCAGAGCUCUGGAGCAUUUGGCUGAACACUUGCAAGACUGCCAGCAAUUAUUUGCAGCUUUAAAGUGUUUGGUUCGUCUUGUGUUGUCAAAGCUGGCGGCAGAAAAUGAAGAGAAAAGAAAGGAAGAAAUGAAGUCCAUGCUGACUUACUUGACCCUGGCUCACAAGAGACUUGCUGCAUCUUUCACAGAUGAGAAAUUUACAGGGGACAUGAGGAUCCUGGAAGCUCACUGGUUUAGAAAAGUUGCUUGGAACUUGGCUGUGCAGUCCAAGGGGUGCCCUGAACACAUGAGGGAUUUUUUUCUGCUGUCUUUCAAGCUGUCCCAGUUUUGCCCUUCUGACAAGGCUGUCCUCAUGGCUCAGAAGACUUGCCUUGUGAUGGCAGCUGCCAUUGAGCUGGACAUGGGGAGGGAGCAGCUCACACCCUCUGAACAGAUGGAGCUUUUCACUCAGGCACUUCAGCAUCUCCAGGCAUGCAAGGAGAUAUGGAAAGUUCUGAAACUGACAGGAGACUUUGCCAAAGACCCAACAGACACAUUGCUCCUGCUCUACGAGUUUGAGGCAAGAGCCAAACUGAACGAUCCAGCACUCCACAACCUCAUGGAGCCACUGUGGGACCAGCCACAAGCAGAGGCCAAGACGCUGGAAAUCAUUGCAUCACUGGCAAUGGAGCCUCCAGCUCAGUACCCUGAGCUGUGUAAGAAAGCUCUCAAGGCUGCCCUGAACCUGCACAGGAAGCAGAGUGUCAUUGAUGCUGUGAAGCUCAGCCAAUGCCUGCACAGUUUGAUCAACCUCUCCUUGCCUGCGGGGCUGACUGAUCUGGAUGCCUGCGUGCUGCAGGAGGUGUGGGACUACUUCCAGGAUGCUCUGAGCGUUGUCUGCAGCACAGAUGCUUACCCAGAGAUGGAGAUCCUCUGGCUGAUGACUCGAGCCUGGAACACAGGAAUAUUCCAGUACACCACUGGCAAAUACAAGGAGGCUGAGCAGUGGUGUGGGCUGGGAAUGCGAUUCCUGCACCACCUGGGCUCCCUGAAGAAAAGUUAUGAAGGCCACAUGAUUGGCCUCUAUAGUGAGGUUCUGGACAAACUGGACAGAGCAAAAAGGUUUCAGCCAGAUGAAGAUGAGCAGUGACAGGCACAGCUGCAGAAGAGGAGGACAGCAGCCUCCUGCUGGGUGAGAGAGGGCAGCAGCUCAGCACAGCGUGCGGAGCAGUGGCAGAGCACCCAGGCUCAUCUGACUGUCAGUUCACUUGUGUUCUCUGUAGGAAGUGUUCCUGAGUAAGCAGAGUUGGUUCCCUCUGGGGAAUAGUUCGCAUUCUCUGGAGCUGUGUAGCAGUUGGCAAUAAACAUUUCAUCCUGA